AUGCCCGAAACCACCAGCCCAGCCUCCCCUUCCCUCCCAAACCAAGACACGCAAGAACAGACACAAGAACAGACACCACAAGACAACAACACCCCGACCACCAGCAGCCACCACGACACCGCUCCCAGCGACCCAAGCGAAGAAAUCACCGCCCUAAGAGAGCAGAUCAGCGCCCUAGAGGCACAGCUCCAGCGCUGCGAAGACGAUAUCGCGUGGUUCGAGGAGCGCGAGUCGGCAUUCAAUGCGUAUAUUGAGGGAUUGGAGGCGGAGCUUCGGGAGCGCGAGGAGGCGCUUGAUGCGGUUGGGCUUCUUGAUUUCUGA